CCCCUCCGCGCGCCACCCCCCGAAGCCCCGCCCCCUUCCCGACGGGCCUCGCGGCGGCAAGAUGGCGGCCGCCAUGGCGGCGGGGCUGGGCCGGCUGGGCCGCGGGGCCGUGGACUCGCUGCUGCGUCCCCCCAGAGCUGUUCCAGCCUGUCUUGUUGUCCCCGUGAGGACGAGGCGGAGACAUUUUGUCCCCGAGUGGGCCUGGGAACUGCCCCCUAAAGCAAAGGAGAAGAGGCUCCAGUCUUUGGCCAGGGCACUUCCUGAGGAUCGCAUGGAACGGGUCUUCUACUUGGCCUGCACAGCUGAUAUUAUAGACCCUUAUGUCCCUCCUGAGGGCGAUGCCCGCUUGACUUCCCUGUCCAGAGAAGGGCUGAAGCAAAGAAUGGAGAAGCUGAAGCAGACUGCUGCCUCUCAGCUCGCCCUGCGCAAGGUUAAGGAUCACGAUCCAAAUUUCAGCACUAAAACUUUCCCGGAGAUGGCACAGGAAAUAUUUAUUGAAGCUCACAACAAUCUGGCAAAUUUUAACAAGCAGAAACUUCACUCCCUGGUAACAGAGCGCUGCUACCCGGACAUGGUCCGUGGCAACAGGUACAAAACCAUCCGGUGGAGUUUCCUGGAGUCACUGGAGCCUCCACGAGUGGUUCACAUUCGAUGCACCAGCAUCGUGAACCAAGGCAACCUGUAUGGCCAGGUGACGGUGCGGAUGCACACGAGGCAGACUCUGGCCAUCUAUGACCGCUUUGGGCGGCUGAUGUACGGCGGGGAGCAGGUGCCCAAGGAUGUUCUGGAAUACGUUGUGUUCGAGAGGUACUUGGUCAACCCCUAUGGCACGUGGAGGAUGCACGGCAAGAUCGUCCCAGAUUGGGCUCCACCAAAGGACCCCAUUGUUAAGACGGUGAUGAUUCCUGGCCCAACCUUGGAUCCCUCACAAGAGUAUGAGGAAAUGAAGUAGGAAAUUUCAGAGCCCGUACACAGACAGCAGCGCAAACAACCCUGGAGGGGACAAAGCGGGGAACGGCUGCGGAGCCAGUGGGCUGGGCAUAGCUGUGCCUUACGUGAGCGGUCAGCAAACAAAGCAGCCUCAGAAAUGGACUCCAGUCACUGAAGAAUUGCCUUGAAAAAGGAGCAAGAGGGGCUUGGGAGGUGAAUCGUGGGAGCUCUGAGAGCUGUGGGGCUGCGCUCCUGGCUGACUCCUGUGCUUGCGUGGCGAGGGCUGCUGGCAGCACACAUCUGGGCAGAUGUGGGGCGUGGGAUAGACCUGGGGGGGCUCUCAUUAAAGUUUGCAGCAGAAGCUGUGGGUGAUUUCUUUUCCCACGCUUCCCCCAUCUGCCCAGAUUUCUGGUCCUUUUCUUUUAACAGGCAACAAGCAACAAGCAGGCUUUCAGGCAGUUUCUCCUGGGUGGGUACUGCAGUCAAGAGUCCUGCUGAAUGCGUCCUUGUUGCUGGUGAAGCCGAAGCGCAGCGCUGAUGCUUCAAUAAAUUAAACUCGGGACUGGUA